AUGUCGCGUUGCAACUUAUCGGACGUCGGACUACUGCUUUCCAUGCUGCUGCUGUUGUUGCUGCCAGUCCUCUGCGUGUGUCAAUCCACAUCAACGCCCCAUCGACAGCAGCAGCAACAGCAGGCGGAUGCCGCACAGCUGGCGGAUGUGGAGGCUGCCGCACAGUCAGACGCUUGGGAUGAGGCAGAUCCCGAUGCGCCGCACAUACGCAAGAAGCGUUUGAUUUGGAUUACGGACGAUGGUCGACUGGCACUGCCGCCGGGCACCUCGCUGACAUUUACGCCAACGAUUGCCAUGCCACUGGUCAGGCACCCGCCCGAGGGUUUCUUCUCCAAUCUGACCAUCAGUUUUCCAGUCACAAUUGACUUUGACAAGCUGGGACUGACGGACAAUCAGAAUCCUUUGGGUGAUUUGCCGCCGCUGUUUUCGCGCUCCUUUGGCCACGAGGCGGGCCACAUGGUGGGCGAAUAUGUGGCCAGAUAUUUGCAUGUGCAGCGCCGCAAGCGAGAUCUCAGCGAGCAGCGCAGCAGGAGCGAGGACGCGCCGUUCCGAGUGCACGAUGAGGGUCCCAAGUUCCCGGAUUUGCCCGCCGGCAUGCAGCACAUCUUCCAUGGCGGCGAACGUGUGCUGCUCUACGGCGUCGUGGAGGACUUCCUCUCCACCUUCGGCAUGGACGGAAAGGCGUGUCUGCUGCGCACCAUCUGCGAGAUGCAUUCCCGCAGCCUGGACAAGUUUGGUGUCUUCGGCGAGAUGACAAAAUUGUUCUUAACUGUCACGGAAUCGCCUUUUGCCGAUUUGGUGCCCGACUACGUGCAGGCUCAACGCGUGGGCGAGGGCAAGCAGGCGCCUGGCGAAUGUUUUCCUUACUUCCAAGCCUGUCCCAAGAGCAUCUUCAAGGCGCUGGCCAACAAAUACGCCAAGCCAGCGAAGACAUCCAGCCCCAGCAAGACGAAAAGGACAACGACGACCAGCGCUCGACCGGCGUUGGGGGAGUAUCACGAACAGCAGGCCAUAGAGCUGCAGCUGCCUGUCACAAGGGAUCCCAGUCGAAAUAAUGUUUAUAUGUAG